AUGAAGCUUGAAAUCCAAUCAAGAAAACUCAUCAAACCCUCAGUUUCAACUCCCCUUACCCUUCGUCAUUACAAAAUAAGCCUCAUCGACGAGUUUGCCCCCACAAUGAACUUACCUCUUGUUCUUUUCUUCCCUCCUAGUCUUGAUAAUAACCCAACACUCAUUGUCCAACUCGAGGAAUUGUUAAAGAAAACCCUCACAAAUUUGUACCCUUUGGCGGAUAGAUACAUGGAGGACACUCACACAGUGGACUGUAACAAUCAAGGUGUUGAGUUUAUACAAGCCAGACCUGAUAUAACGAUUCAAGAACUUCUUAUUAAAAAAACUAAUCUCCAUCUUGUCAAUGAGUUAAUUCCCUCCAAACUUUUGGCCUCAGAUCUUAAUAAUGCAAUGCUUGCUACACAAGUAACCACGUUCCAAUGUGGAGGUUUAGCGCUAGGUGUAAGUAGCGCACAUAGGAUUGGUGAUGUCUCUACUAUGAUCACCUUCCUAAAUCAAUGGGCUACUUUGACUCGUAAAGACACCAAACUUGGUUUCGGUGGCAUUGAUUUCACAUCGUCCUCAAUGUUUCCUGCUCAAGGCUUACUUCCCCUCGGCGGUUGGGAGGGCCGUGGAAUCCCCCCCCCCCAGAUGUAG